CAAUUAAGGUAAGUACUUAACCAACGGUUGAGAUUGAGAGAUAGUCUCAACAUUCUGACACGUAUGUAUAAAUAAUAAGCCCUUAAAAGAAAAAAGAAAAAAAGAAUUGGCUAAUACGGUGAUUCCUAUCCCUUUUACCCCAUUUCACCUUUGGUUUUACCGCCUCUCCAAAAUGGAAAACGUUUCAUUCACUAAUGCCGUUUAUGAGAACCCAUCCGCCGUUAUCCACGUGUCGCCUGUACGUAAGCUGUGUCCGGUACGGUGCAGUUAUGGUGCAGAAGAGAUGGUGGAGCCCAGCCCUGACGUGAUGGUGACGUGUAACAGUGAUUUAGGGUUUAUGAAUGCGUCUAGGGUUAAUGGAUUUGCUGCUGAUUGCUUCAACUUCAUCUCCAAAUCUCCUCUUUUGGAGGCUGAAUUUAGCUCAUCUUCGGAUGACAGUGAAUCAUCAGAGGCAAUUGAAGAACGUGUAAUUAGAAAGAGGAAGAGGGAAACACGGAAGAGUCUUAAAUUAUAUUUUGAAGACAUGGCAAGGACGCUGAUGGACAAGCAAGAGCAGAUGCAUAAAGAGUUAACAGAGAUGAUAGAGAAGAGGGAGCAGGAGAGAAUCAUCUGGGAAGAAGCUUGGAAGCAGCAAGUGGUAGAAAGGGCAAAGCGGGACGAGGAGUUGAGAGCUGAAGAGAUGUCUAGAAACUUGGCCAUUAUUACUUUCAUUGAGAAUCUGUUAGGUGAAGGGUUCCGAGUUCCAAAAUCAUCAGAAAUAGAUGAAGGUGAAGUUCAUGGUCAAGAAGCUGCUGAUGCUAGAUCUGAUCCAUGUAAUAGGAGAUGGCCAAAAUCUGAAGUACAGGCCCUGGUAUCAGUUCGAACUGGUUUAGAUCACAAGUUUCUUAAAGGGGCUAAAGGAUCUGUGUGGGAAGAGGUAGCCGAUGGAUUGGCUAAGAUGGGUUGCAUUCGGACUCCAAAAAAGUGUAAAGAAAAAUGGGAGAACAUUAACAAGUACUAUAAAAGGACAAUUGACAGUGGAAAGACAGGUCCCAAAAACUACAGAUCAUGCCCCUAUUUCCAUGAAUUGGACAUGCUUUAUAAGAACGGACUGCUUAACCAAGGUGCUGGAAAUUGUGUGAAGAGUGAGACAGAAAGAAAGACUGCAUAAGAGUAAAUAUCGGCCCCCUCCCUGUUCUUGGCACUAAUCCAGUGGAGUACAUAAUUAGAUUGAUCAGGAUCUCCAAAUUCUUUGGUUGAACUUUACCUUUUUGCGAACCAACAAAAUGAACUUAUUGCUGCAUUAAUGUCAUGAUAGGUGUAAGCUGAUCUCUUCCAAGUAGAUGACUUUUGUGGAGAGUAUUAUUGGUGUUCCUUGAAAUAGUUUGAGGGGCAUUCGAAAUUCUUGAACUGAUUGCAAUCUUUGCAUGUUCCUGAAUACAUUUUGGUAAACAGUAGUUCUCCAGUGUAGUUAUUUAAACAUUAUUUGUUAAGAUAUUUUCUCCAGGGUGGACCUGGAUUCUUAGAUGGAUUUCUAUUGUAGGAAUGACUAGGUACCUCACAAGGUGUUGAUGGAAUGUUGGGAGGUACAUCAUUUGAGCUAGUUCAGAUAGAAUAUUGGUCAAUCGGUGUGAGAACUAAUGUUCGUUUGUUCUUUCA